CGGCCGUUUCAUUCUCCUUCUCCUCGGCAAACAAACCCGCAGACGUUCUCCAUCCCAUGUCCCGUCGUGUGGAUGCGGCGCGACGACCCGGUCCGGCUCCGGCCGUCCCCGUGCUCGUGGCUCGUGCCAAGCGCAACGACUGCUCCUACCACAGUAGACCAUGCAUGGCGGCGUGCGUGCUAGACCGCACGCACGGUCGCGCGAGGUAGCUUCACGCCGAAGAAGAGCAUCUCUGCUGCGUCAGCCGCGGGCUCCACGCCGCACUGCACUGCAUGCGGUGUCCGCCCGCCUGUCUGGUCCGGCGGCGGCCUCCCAGUACGUCCCCAUGUCUGCAAUGCAACCAACGACGACUCGAGAGACACCAGAGACCAGCCAACCAACGCCGCGCGAGCUGAUUGCCGUCCAGGUCGGACUUGACGCUGACGGCUUACGUCUCUCUCGCUGCUGCCGCGGCCGCUGCCACUGGCAUUCCAUUCCAUUCCACUCCACCGGCUACAAAUAGCCUGGCCGGCGGCUAGGCCGCUAGCACUAGCAGCCCUCGAUCGUAUUCCCGGCCUCUCCUACCAGGUCACCCGGGAAGCUAACGAGGUGGUGAGUGAGACCAGCUGCUAGCUCUCGGCCGGAUCGCUGCUGGGCGUCUAUUAAGCCGACGCCGACGCCGUCGUCCGUCCUCGGCAUGCGCGGUUCUGCUCGCCCGGGAGAUGGCGCCUGCAGCUUCGAUCCUCUCGGCCACCGCCGCCGCCGCUGGUGCUUCCAAGCGCCCGGCCGAUUCCGACGCUGAGCUCUCGCUCGACUCCUCCGCGCUCCAACAGCAGGGCGACGAGGCCGUGCGCAAGGGCCGGCAGACGAGGCAGCAGCAGCAGCUGGAGUGCCCGCGCUGCCGCUCCACCAACACCAAGUUCUGCUACUACAACAACUACAGCACGGCGCAGCCGCGGCACUUCUGCCGCGCGUGCCGCCGCUACUGGACGCACGGCGGCACGCUGCGCGACGUCCCCGUCGGCGGCGCAUCGCGCCGCUCCAGCGGCGGGGGCGGCAAGCGGCGCAGGGUCUCCGCCGAGCCCUCGUCCGCGGCGUCGUCGUCGCCGCCGCCGUUGCCGGCUGCGUCGCUCGCGGACGCGUGCCUGCCGGACCUCACGUCCGCCUUCCCGUUCCUCAGCGACGGCAGCUUCUUCCCGCAGUUCGACGUCGGCAGCGGUGUUGCACUUGCACCUGCGGCCUUCUCCUCCUCGUGGCAGUCGGUGGUCCCGGACUUUUAUGACGGGCUCGCGCCGUGGGACGACGGAGCAGCGGCUGGCACCGCCGCGGGGGGCUUCGUGGGCGCGUGGGGCGACAUCGCCGGCCUCGACCUCAGCUGGACACCGCCGGGGAACUGAGUGCCAGCGGGUCGCCGUCUUGAGGGGCUCCGGUUUUAGCAGUGCGGCCUCAUCAGGUUCAGGUAGUGCUUCGUUCCAAGUUCCUAGCAUGCAGUGUGUCCCGUUUUGAUGAGCUAUCCAGCUAGGAAUGUGAGCAGCUGAGAAUUCUCAUAUGCCUUCACUGUUUCUUCUCGUCCUUACUGCGAAAUGAAAUGGUGGCGGCUAGUUAGAUCAGUGAAUCUUGAUCUGUAGUAGCUGGAGCGAGGAUGUAAGAUCUGUGCAGUGAUUUCUCAUGACAAUAAAAUUAAGUUUGUGUCAAAGCGUUUA